UCUCUGUGUUGAGUUUGCUCCAACAUGAGGAGCAGCCAGCGCGAGCUGUUCGUACUAUGGGAGCUUAAACGGUGGUCGAGGGGGCCAAAAUUCACACACUGAGAGGGUUUCAGCGCACUGGGACGAAGAGGAUAUAUACAUACACUGAGGGUCUACGCUUUCGUUAAGGAGUUUAUCACGUUGAGCCUGAAAAACAGCGAAGAAAUAUGCGGAUAACGGAUAGUUCCUCAGGUUUUCCAAAUCCCUCAGCUCAACGGACAACAGCAGAAACGACAUCCGUGUUACUGACUGCUGCGGUUAUAAAGGAUGCUUUUCACUCCGAAACCUUCUCCGUUUAGCGUUUUUCCCGUGGCAUAUGAACGUUAGCCACGAAAGCUCACGGUUUAAAGGCGUUUAAAGCACACCAGCAGUGUAUUUGGACAGCCAGCUGAGUGUUUACGCUUUAAAAUGGCUGCGGACGGGAUCAAAAUAAGACCGCUGAAUAAUAUAAUGCUUUAAAGCUGGAAAUAUCUCAUCACUUAUGGUAAUGCUCUGGAAGGAAAGCUUUUUUUCAAUGUUAGGGGGAGUUAUUUUUCAGCCCUGUAACUGCAGGAGGUAACGUAGGAAAUUCCUGCCCUUGUUCAGAAACACAAUGAGGCGAGACAGAUGAUUUAAUAUGCCUGUGUUUAUGCUCGUUUUAUCAUAUUACACUCGGAUCUGGAGGUUUUCAAUUAAACGAUUGCUCACGCGUUGGGAAACGAUCGCUCGUAUUUAAGGAAUAUUCAUGAUCUAUAAGUGAACGGAUCCCCCCUGCUGUUAUAAUUGAAACAAUCUGGGCACCAGUAAGCAGGGAAGAAAGGCCCUACGAUAUUGAUACCCAAUUCAGCAACAGCAGCAGCAUCCCUAAACCAUGAAUGCUGGGAAGAAGAUGCUCAGACCUGAACUGAUUCUGGUCAGACAGAGACCGCAGGGCAUGCAGAUAUAUUUAUGGCUGUGUGUGAUGUUCUCCCUGGUGCUGAUUUCAGACGGCUCUCCAUCUAAACCCUGCGAGAAGAGCUGCCUGUCAGGCAGCUGUGUGAACGGAUCUUGUGUCUGUGAUCGUGGAUGGGUUGGGGACCAGUGUCAACACUGCCAGGGAAGAUUCAAACAUGUUCACAAAACCAAGUGCACCUGGCUGAUUGAGGGCUACCCAAAUGCAGUCCUGAGGUUACGAUUUAACCAUUUUGCGACCGAAUGUAGCUGGGACCACAUGUACGUCUAUGACGGAGAUUCGAUUUAUGCUCCCUUAGUAGCCGUCUUCAGUGGUCUCAUUGUCCCUGAAGUGAAAGGGAACGAGACCGUCCCUGAAGUGGAGACCAACUCAGGCUACGCACUCCUGCACUUUUUUAGCGACGCUGCCUACAACCUGACAGGAUUUGAAAUCUUCUACUCAAUCAACUCAUGUCCAAAUAACUGCUCUGGCCACGGGAAGUGCACCUCGGGGAACUCGAUAGCGAGCCGUGUGUAUUGUGAAUGCGAUAAGUACUGGAAGGGUGAGGCCUGUGAUAUCCCGUACUGCAGGAACAACUGUGGCAGCCCCGAUCACGGCUACUGCGACCUCACUGGGGAAAAGCUGUGCGUGUGCAAUGACAGCUGGCAAGGUCCAGACUGCUCAUUAACAGUGCCCUCCACUGAGUCUUACUGGAUCAUGCCCACAGUGAAGCCUUUUGGAGCAUCGCUGGGAAGAGCAUCUCAUAAGGCGGUGGUGCAGGAAAAGGUCAUGUGGGUUGUUGGUGGCUACAUCUUUAACUACAGCAACUUUCAGAUGGUUCUAAAUUAUAAUCUGGAAAGUGGCAUCUGGAACACUGUGCCCAUCAGUAGCGGACCCCUGCCGAGAUACGGACACUCCUUGGCACUAUAUUGGAGUGACAUCUACAUGUUUGGAGGCAAGUUGGAGAUGGGUGCCAGUAACGUAACAGAUGAACUGUGGGUGUUUAACAUACCCAAAAUGACGUGGUCGCAGAAGUCCCCCAGUGUUCCAGCCCAUGGCCUGGUCUACGCUGUGGAAGGCCACUCUGCCCAUAUAGUAGAGCUGGAUAACGGUGAUGUGGUGAUGGUUGUCAUCUUCGGCUACUCCUCCAUCUACAGCUACAUCAGUAAUGUUCAGGAGUACAACAUCAGGACAAACACAUGGCUGGUGCCAGAGAUCAGAGGAGCGAUCGCUCAGGGUGGGUACGGCCACAGCAGCGUGUAUGACAGCGGCAGCAAGAGCGUGUACGUCCACGGGGGCUACAAAUCUCUUCCAGCAAAUAAAUACGGCCUGGUGGAUGAUCUUUACCGCUAUGAGGUUCAGACCCGCACAUGGACGAUUCUUAGAGAAAGCGGUUACCCACGUUACCUGCAUUCGUCUGUGCUGCUGGGAGGAACUCUGCUCAUCUUUGGAGGAAAUACCCAUAAUGACACCUCUCUUAGCAAUGGAGCCAAAUGCUUCUCUGCUGACUUCCUUGCCUAUGACAUUGCUUGUGAUGAGUGGACGGUCCUUCCCAAACCAAACUUGCACAGAGACGUGAAUCGCUUUGGACAUACAGCAGUAACCAGUAAUGGAUCCAUGUAUGUGUUUGGGGGUUUCUCCAGCGUCCUCCUGAAUGACGUACUAAUCUACAGGCCACCCAGCUGUGAGGCCUUCCUGGGACAGGAGCGUUGUGAGGCCGCAGGCCCUGGUGUGCGCUGCAUUUGGAAAGGGGGCUGCUGCAUGUCCUGGGAGCCCAGCUUCACUAACAGUGCUACACCUGCUCCUUUCUGCCCUGCCAAAGCUGCCACGGUGGAUGAGAGAUGUUACCGCUUCUCAGACUGCACGAGCUGUACCGCCAACACUAAUGGAUGUCAGUGGUGCGACAGCAAGAAAUGCAUCUCAGCUCUCAGUAACUGCACUGCUACUGUGAAGAAUUUCACCAAAUGUCCAAUCAGAAACUUGGAGAUUUGCAGUAAGAUGGCCAACUGCAAGAGCUGCUCCCUCAACCUCAGUUGCCAAUGGGAUCCUCAACAGCAGGAAUGCCACACCCUUCCUGCCCAGCUGUGUGGAGACAGCUGGAGCAAUGUUGGGGAGGCCUGUCUGCAGAUCAACUCCAGCAGAGAGAGCUAUGACAAUGCUCAGCACUACUGCAAGAACCUGGAGGGAAACAUCGCCUCCCUUACCACAGGCAAGCAGGUGGACUAUGUGCUGGAGGAACUGCAGAAGUACCAGCAGAAGGGGAAGGUUUGUGUCUGCUCAUAUUUGCACUACCACAUUCGCUCUUCCCUCUUGGCCGUUCAAGAAUGGAUUCUUAUGGCACACAUCGGCACGCUAAGGUGCUUUGUCUCUGUGCUCAGAGCGUUCCUGCAAAAACGGGAUGUGCAGCAGGCGGCUAAAAUGUUCAAACUGAAAGAGGCUGACGCAUAUGGCUCUGAUGUGCUCUUUAGGGAGAGUGAACGUUCUGGUGCUCAGAACUGUUCUGGUUUGCGUACAUGUGGUCUGUGUCUGGAGCAGCCUGACUGCGGCUGGUGUGGGGACCCUAGUAACACCGGCCGAGGACAGUGCAUGGAGGGUUCGUAUCGCGGACCCAUGAAGAGCACCUCUAAACACAGCCAAGACAUGGUGCUGGAGACGGGGCUCUGCCCAAAAGAGCGGGGCUUUGAGUGGGCCUUCAUCCAGUGCCCUGCAUGCCAGUGCAAUGGCCACAGCACGUGUGUGAAUGGCAGCGUGUGUGAGCAGUGUCGUAACCUCACCACCGGGCUUCACUGCGAAACAUGCUUGCCCGGAUACCAUGGAGACCCAACCAAUGGUGGAAAGUGCCAAGCCUGUAAAUGUAAUGGUCAUGCCAACGUGUGCCAGGUGCUGACGGGCAAAUGCUUUUGCACCACCAAGGGUAUCAAAGGCGACCAAUGCCAGCUUUGUGAUUCAGAAAACCGUUACCUUGGCAACCCUCUCCGAGGAACCUGUUACUAUAACUUGCUGAUUGAUUACCAGUUCACCUUCAGUCUGCUUCAAGAAGAUGACCAGCACUACACUGCCAUUAACUUCAUGGCCACUCCUGAACAGACCAGCAAGAACUUGGACAUGUCCAUCAAUGCAUCAAACAAUUUCAAUCUGAACAUCACUUGGUCAGUUGGAUCAACAGCUGGGACCAUCUCUGGGGAAGAGAUUCCCAUCGUGUCCAAGACCAACAUCAAAGAGUACAGAGACAGUUUCUCUUGUGAGAAAUUCAGUUUUCACAGCAAUCCCAACAUCACCUUCUAUGUAUACGUCAGCAACUUCUCAUGGCCAAUCAAAAUACAGAUCGCCUUCUCUCAGCACAACAGCAUUAUGGACCUGGUGCAGUUCUUUGUAACAUUUUUCAGCUGUUUUCUGUCGCUGUUGCUGGUAGCUGCAGUGGUGUGGAAGAUCAAACAGACCUGUUGGGCCUCCAGGCGACGAGAGCAACUGAUGAGGGAAAGGCAGCAGAUGGCCAGUCGCCCUUUUGCCUCGGUCGCGGUGACACUGGAUGUGGGUGGCACUCAGAUAGAACUGCUUCAGGGUGGAAUCGAGGGACCGCCCAAGCCAGUUGCCGUAGAACCCUGUUCAGGGGGUAAAGCAGCGGUGCUCACAGUGCUAAUGUGCCUCCCAAGAGGGGCAUCUGGUGUUCCUCCACCUGGCCAGUCAGGUAUAGCCAUCGCCAGUGCUCUUAUCGACACGUCCCAGCAGAAGCCCAUGGACUUCAAAGAGAAAAGCCAAGGCUUGAAGAACCGCAAAGCUCUGCCUCCCACUCACCAGGGCACCUGUGUUUGAAUCAUCUGUGGCCUCGUGGGCUGUCCUUUACCAGAGCGACCUCCUCUCUUGUGCUGCUUCAGGCAGACGACGGCCUAGAGUGGCCCCAUGUGAGGGGAUUAUUUAGGCGACAGAGUGCCCUCUAUUUCCACUCCACAUUCACUUUAUCUCUCCACGUCAUAAAUAGAUCUCGUCCAUUUCGAAUGACCUUGCCGUCAACACCUGGUCAAGCUCAGACAUUACAAGUUCAACUCCAUCCGAACCAAUCGACAGGCUUCGUCUUGAUUCAUCCGACUCUUGGUGCCGUUGAGCCCUCAUUUCUGUCUUCUCAAGGCCUUCUGAACAUUGAGGGUCUCUCCCAUCAGCUUUACACCAAGCACAGAUGUGCCUCUAGCAUGGUUUGUACAUUUUGGACCAGAGUGUCUUGCUAAGCCAGAAGUAGCGUUCUGGUAGUCUCGGGAUGGUCGCCGGAUUUGUGUACGGGUUGCUCACCUAUUGGUAUGCUCGCCAACUAGACUUAUGUUUUUGCUAAAUUUUUAGCUCUUUCGACAUUUUAUUUAAGAGAUGGACUAUAGACAUUUUUGCCAUGGUGUGGAAGCUGUCUGUCAUGUAAGCUAAUGACGUUCUGCUGCUGGUAGCUUCAUGCUUGGUAAACUCAUGUUAGGAAUGGAUCACAUCCGUUUUUAACUAGAUAGGUUUCACACAUUUCAUACUUAUGCUCUUCUUGUGAAGACUUUGCAUGAACCACUCACACUAUGCUUGAAAAUUUUAAACCGUUUGUGGGUUACGUGCCACACGAAGAAUGUCUUCAUGUCUUCAUGUCUCUCGUUUUGCAGCGGUACAGAUUUAAAUGAGCAAUGACUCAUAACUUUGCAGUAACGAUUUAUCUCUUUAUAAUGAACUUUUGUAUUCUUAAGUUUCACAUAUUGUGAAUGUCAACAGAGGAAGAUGAUUUUGAGAAGACCAGCAGGUGAGAGUGUAUUUAGACUGUUCAUACACUCAAGGACUGAGUCCUUUCAGAGCAGGUUUACCAGGAUUCACCAUACAACUGGAUCUUCUGAAUCUCAAUUCUCUAACACAUCGCCAGGACCGAGCCUGAGCCCUCCUUGGGUAAAACAGGAUGUCCGGGGGACUUAUUUUCCUCUCUGUGGCAACAGCAAAAAGUGUACAGCAUCCUAAUCAUCACUCGUUUGCUUUAGAUGGACUUGAACAUGUGAAUCUAAUGUGAAUCGCUCUUUUUCUCCAUGUAGCUACUUCAAUGUUUUCGUUUGUAUUUUUUGCUGGUUUUAAUAAAGGAUAUUAAAAGGUCAA